CUCUGCCCAUACCCACCCAGAGACCCCUUCUCCUCCCCGGAGACCCUCCCCCACCUCCUCCAGCUCUGCCCAUACCCACCCAGAGACCCCCGCUCCUCCAGCUGUGCGGCCCCCCGGCCCCGCCCCCGGGCAGUGUCCCCCCGGUCCGGCGGGGGACGCCACGUCGUGCCGGGCGUGUCCCCCGGGGUCCGGGGGGGGCUCGGGCGCCAUGCGGGCGUCCGUCCCUCGGGGGGCCCUGUGCCCGCUGGGCGUACUGAACCGCGGCCCGGACUAUCUUAGACGCCACCUGGCCGGGGCCCGCGGCGCCCGCAGCCCCAGCGCCGUGGAGCGGCUGGAGGCCGACAAGGCCAAGUACGUCAAGACCCGGCGAGUCAUCGCCAACCGCCAGGAGCCGGUCCUGCUGGCCGGCCCGCCCCCGGGACCCCCGGGGACCCCCCCCGGGACCCCUCCCGGGACCCCCGGGACCCCGGGCCUCGCCCGCAGGGGCGGCGUUGGCAAGAGGGGGCUGCGCCCCGACUCGCUCAUCAUCUACCGGCAGAAGCGGGACUGCAAAGCGCCCGACAAGGAGAACGGCAAGGGGCCGGGCCUGGUGUGGCGCCUCUUCCAGGGAGGACCCCGGGGGACCCCGGCCCGACGCCCGGAGGCCUCCCCCGAGGAGGAGGAGGAGGAGGAGGAGGCCGGGCCCGCCGGGCUGGUCCUGGCCGAGGACGAGGAGCGGUGGUUCUUCGAGUCGUGCGGGCUGGAGCGGGCCCUGGCGGAGGGGCUCUGGGGCGGGACGUCGGGGGACGGGGCCUCCGGGGGUCCCCGGGUCCCCAGCUCCGACGGCGGCAGCCGGCCCGACCCCAGCGAGCCCGGGGACGGCUCGGAGCCCCGGGGGCGACCGCCCGUGUCCGUGGUGGAGCGCAACGCCCGCGUCAUCAAGUGGCUGUACGGCUGCCAGCGGGCGCAAGGACCCGCCAGGGAGGCCCACCCGUGACCCCGGGCGGGCCCCCUCCACCGCCCACCCGGGGAGGGGGCCCUCCCGGCCGGGCACGGGCCUGGGGGACUGUUGGCACGGGGAGGAAGGAGGGACGAGCUGGCACCGGGCCCUCUGCCGCCCACCUCGACUCCCCGUGGUCCCCUCCGAGCCGGACACGGGCCUGGGAUGCUGUUGGCACGGGAAGGAAAGCGGGACUGAAGGAGGGACGAGCUGGCACCGGGCCCUCUGCCGCCCACCCCGAGGCGCCCGUGGGACCUCCCGAGCCGGGCACAGGCCUGGGGGGCUGUUGGCACAGGGAGGAAGGAGGGGAGAGCUGGCACCGGGCCCUCUGCACCUCAAGUCGCCCGUGGUCCCCUCCGAGCCGGACAGAGGCCUGGUAUGCUGUUGGCACGGGGAUGGAGGCGGGACUGAAGGAGGGACGAGCUGGCACCGUGCCCUCUGCCGCCCACUUCGACUCACCCGUGGUCAUCUCCCCCCGAUCCGGGCAGAAACCUGGGAUGCUGUUGGCACGGGAAGGAAAGCGGACUGAAGGAGGGACGAACUGGCACCGGGCCCUCUGCCGCCCACCCCGAGUCGCCCGUGGGACCUCCCGAGCCGGGCACAAGCCUGGGGGGCUGUUGGCACGGGGAGGCAGGAGGAGAGAGCUGGCACCGUGCCCUCUGCCACCUACCCCAGCCGAGGGGCCGUGCCAAGUCGGCCGUGGUCCCCCCCCCCCGAGCCGGGCAGAGGUCUGGGAGCCCCCCAGGGAGGCUAAUGGGGGACCCGGGGUGGGCGAGGGUUUGGCCAGCGGUGUCUCCCGCGGCGUGUAAUAAAGUGGAUUUUAUUUAA